AACAUAAUGUACAACUGCUGCUGUGACACCGUGUGCGCGCCCCCCCUCCCCCCCUUGCCCGGCGCGGAGCGGGGGGCGGGCCGUGCCGGUGCGUGCUAUUUAAAAUGCUGUGGGGGAACUCGGUGCGAAGCACAUUACUGAGACAAGUCCUCCAGAGACAUGGGAGAACAGUUUCACACUUGAUCUUGUUCGGCCCAAGUAACAACAAGCGCGUGGAAACGACGCCUGGGAUAGCGGAUGUCAAUAAACGUCUGGAUUAUAUUUCACCACGCUGAUUUCAACCGGUCCACAAAUGAGCAACAGCAGAUGAACUGGAUGAGGUCCAGUCAGCUGAUGAAAGAGGACUGACCACUUCAUCCAGGGGGCAGGGAGGCUGAAGUCGCUUCAGCCCGCCUCAUUUUGACACCAUUUCCUCUGAGUUGGUCCCCCGAAGUGUUUCAAAACUGUUUCUCCAACGCUUUUUCCAGAAACUUAGACUGUUUUCCAAAGCAGAAGCAGCACAGCCCUCCCAGAUUGAGGUGAUGGGAAGUGUGCGAGCCAGCCGCUACAGCGCUGUGUCACCAGACGACGGCAUGAAACUUUCCACUACAGCAGUGCCCAAUGGCUAUGGCAACGGCAAGAACAAGGUGCACACGAGGAACCACCAGCAGAGCAGAUUUGUGAAGAAAGAUGGUCACUGUAACGUCCAGUUCAUCAACGUGAGCGAAAAAGGCCAACGGUAUUUGGCUGACAUCUUCACUACAUGUGUGGACAUCCGCUGGAGGUGGAUGUUCAUUAUCUUCUGCCUCGCCUUUCUCCUGUCGUGGCUGUUCUUUGGCUGCAUUUUCUGGCUGGUGGCCCUUUUGCAUGGGGACUUGGCAAACAGUGGCCCGAAGUGCAUCUCCAAUGUGAACAGCUUCACCGCUGCCUUCCUGUUCUCCAUUGAGACUCAAACAACUAUUGGUUACGGCUACAGAUACGUCACAGAUGAGUGCCCUGUUGCAGUCUUCACAGUGGUUUUCCAAAGUAUUGUGGGCUGCAUUAUUGAUGCCUUUAUCAUUGGUGCUGUAAUGGCAAAGAUGGCAAAGCCCAAGAAGAGGAAUGAAACUUUGGUUUUCAGUCACAGUGCCACAGUGGCUAUGAGAGACAACAAGCUCUGCCUGAUGUGGCGUGUCGGCAAUUUAAGGAAGAGCCACCUGGUUGAGGCGCAUGUGCGGGCGCAGCUUCUGAAAUCCCGGACGACAGCAGAGGGCGAGUACAUCCCCCUCGACCAGAUGGACAUAGAUGUAGGCUUUGACAGUGGAGUUGAUCGCAUCUUCCUGGUCUCCCCAAUUACCAUUGUCCACGAGAUCAAGGAGGACAGCCCCUUCUAUGACAUGAGCAAACAGGACCUGGAGAACUCAGAAUUUGAAAUCGUGGUCAUCUUGGAGGGCAUGGUCGAGGCCACGGCAAUGACCACGCAAUGCCGCAGCUCCUAUGUCGCCAGCGAGAUCAUCUGGGGCCACCGGUUCGAGCCGGUGCUCUUUGAGGAGAAGAACUACUACAAAGUGGACUACUCCCGCUUCCAUAAGACAUACGAGGUGCCAAGCACCCCUCUGUGCAGUGCCAGAGACCUGGCAGAGAAAAAGUACAUUCUCUCAAACUCCAACUCCUUCUGCUAUGAAAAUGAAAUGGCGCUGGAGAACAAGGAGGACACGGACGAGGGGAAUGGGGGCAGCGUAGGGCCUGACGGCACCCAAACAGAUAACAUCUCAGAGACUGAACACAGCCAAGCCAAGGUGCCCCUAGACACUCGGCCUCUGAGACGAGAAUCAGAAAUAUGACUGCUCAGACCUCAGACCUCACUUGAAAGAUGUUUUUAGAAUCACCUCUCUGCUCUGAAAGGCAAAAUGAGCCGAGCUGGGUAGAGGACAAAUCCAAUGGUACUGCUGUGGGAAGCAGCGAGGUUUAGGACUUCAUAUGUAAGAGGCUGAACUUUGACUACAUACAGUAUGACAAAACACAGCACUAUGGGCUAUGUGCAUAUUGCAGGACGAAUUCUCAGUGAAGUCCCCGUGAAUGUGUGCUCCAUGUCUGGUGACUGCAUGAUGAUGAACGGGAAGGAAGUUGACUACAUGACUUGAAAAACUGCAGGCAUGUCUUAGUUUUUCUCCAGCAAGAACAAGAGGCUUUCAGACAGGUGGAUAUGUAAUAUUUUUAUAGAAUAUGUUCACAAGAGCUGCUAGAAACUAGUGGAAGUUUAACAUAAAGCCCUUAAAGAUGUUUUCAUUUGACACUUUGUGCAUUCACACAGAACUAAAGAGUACACGAAAAGUUAACAUCUGAAACAAAGAAGGUACAAGAGUAUUUGUUCAUGAGCUGGUCUCAACACAGAAGUCCAAAUAAACUGCAAAACACUUCUGUAUGCAAGAAAUGUCAAAUGUUCAGAGGACUUUCUUCUGAAAUUGAAAGCACUGAAUUGGUGAUGUUCUGUGUUAUCCUUUGCAGUUACUGAUCUGAGACUGCUCACUGAUGGUCAGACAGGCCUGCUCAUGUCAAGACACAGAGCGGGGUAGUAUUAUCAGCAUCAAACUGACAGAAAUCCUUUAUUUAAAUGGAAACAGGGGUAAUGUGAGAAUCUCAAUGUUCUUAAAAGUGCUGCUAUGAUGAUGCUUUUUUUAAAGGUUGAUUUAAAUAAAUGCCAAAAAAGUAUUAUUUUCAUAGUUUUUUGUUUCUUAAAAACACCACCUGAUUAAGUUUGGUACAGAGAAGUAGAAUGUUAAUGGAGUUUUAAUAGGGUUUGUUUUUUAAGAAUCUGUGUACAGUUUGUUUCCUGUUAAUUCUCCCUUUAUUGAGCCACUUCAUCAAGCUUUAAUUUGGAAAAUGAGAAACAAGGAAAACGAAGAAAGUGAUAAAUCAACCAAACUGGCAAAGGCUUUACUGCAGGGGAGAUUUUUGUAAUGUUUGCUGAAGUAAAAAAAAAAUAUUUCAGUUAGGGGCACUGCAAUGUUUGGGAGGAUUUUUAGGCUUUAACUUGAACCAAGAAGUUGAUUUGAAGCCAUACCCCCUCAUGUUUGAACAUGAGGUGAUAUAUUAUGACAGAAAACCAGAUCUCCAUCUGAUGUCUGAAUGUGAUACAGUGUUAUGACUGGAGAGUUUGUAAAGGUCUCAUCUUUGCAAAAUGUCAAAUCACCAAGUAAAACAUUCUCAAAGCCACCUUUUCUCUGCCUACGACUACACAUCAGCCUACUGCAUAAUCAGCACAGUUUUUAUUCUGUUUUAUUUUACUUGAGAAUGUAAAAUCUGAAAAAGCGUACAGUAGUUCAAGGCCUAAUGUACUGUAACCCUGGCAUAUAAAGGCGUACUGCAGUAAUACAAAGUUGUAUCCUACAUCUCUCUUCUUUUCUUUUCCCAUCACGACAGAAGCCACCAGGCUCCACAGAUCCUACAUGUGUAAAUACCUCCCUCUCUGUUGCAGUUGUUUUGUAUCAGUCUUCCAAAUGUACUGCAAAACCAAGGAAUGUACAGAUUUUUGUAUUAAUAUUAUUGUUAUUAUUGUACAUGAUAUUAUGUUGUUCUUUUUCAAUAAAAUGU